AAGGGAGAAAGUGAGAGGGACACAAGGAGAAGGAAGAGGGGCAGAGAGAGAGUGCAGGAACAGGACAAGUCAGAGUGGUCUGAGGAGAGGAAGGAAGGAAGGAGGAAGAAGUGCAGAGGCCAUGCUUUCAGCCAGAACAUGUGGUGGUUCUAGGUAAGGCCCUAAGCAGCAGCUCCAUUACAACUGAGUAUGAGGAAGAGUAGAGGCAUGGAGAGCUCAGAGACCAAGACCCAGGAGCCCAGAUCGAAGUCAGCUUUGUGGGAGGGCACACCGCAAUACGACUACGUCUGCUUUGAGAAAUGCACCCGUUACGGGAUACCUGUGGAGGCAGGACGCGAGGCCGGGGGGACAGGGGACAACCUGCACUGCCUGGAGAACUCCCUCAGCUACCCACAGCUUUAUGGCCAAUACACAGACCAGAUAUCUGACUUUGCAGAGAAGGAAGCAGCAAAAGUACUCAAUAAGAAGCGGGACCAAAAGAGCAAUGAAAGACCCCGGAAACGUGCAAGUCAAGUAGAGAUCAAAGAAGAGCACUAUUCCAAAUGUCAAGACUGUGCUAGACGCAUCCAGAAGUAUGUUACCAAGAAACUUGGAGAGGACUGGAUUUUCUUGGUUCUGUUGGGCCUGGUCAUGGCGUUGGUGAGCUGGGGAAUGGAUUAUGCCAGUGCGAAAAGCCUACAGGCCUACAAGUGGAUGUACAGAGAGCUGCACCCAAAUGUUCCUCUGCAGUAUCUGGUGUGGGUCAUAUACCCACUUCUUCUUAUUCUGUUUGCGGCCAUUUUCUGCCACCUCGUCUCUCCACAGGCUGUCGGGUCUGGCAUCCCAGAGCUCAAGACAAUUAUGAGAGGAGUGGUCCUCAAGGAAUAUCUUACUCCCAAAGCUUUUGUGGCCAAGGUUGUGGCUCUCACAGCUGGGCUUGGAAGUGGCAUGCCUGUGGGGAAAGAGGGUCCUUUUGUGCAUAUUGCCAGCAUCUGUGCUGCAGUUCUCAGCAAGUUCAUGUCAAUCUUUUGUGGUGUGUAUGAGCAGCCAUAUUAUUACACAGAUGUCCUGACCGUGGGUUGUGCUGUCGGAGUCGGCUGCUGCUUUGGGACACCACUUGGAGGGGUCCUUUUCAGCAUUGAGGUCACUUCCACUUAUUUUGCUGUGCGUAAUUAUUGGAGAGGUUUCUUUGCAGCUACCUUUAGUGCCUUCAUUUUCCGAGUCCUCGCUGUUUGGAACAAGGAUGCAGUUACCAUCACAGCCCUGUUCAGAACAAACUUUCGAAUGGAUUUCCCUUUUGACCUGCAAGAGCUGCCAGCUUUUGCUGUAAUAGGGAUAUGUUCUGGAUUCCUCGGAGCCUUUUUUGUUUAUCUCAACCGCCAAGUGGUUCUGUGCAUCCGGCGUCACACCACUCUGAGCCAGUUUCUCACCAAAUACCGCCUCAUAUACCCUGGGGUUAUAACCUUCUUUAUAGCAAGUAUGACCUUCCCUCCAGGAUUUGGGCAGUUCAUGGCAGGAGAGUUGAUGCCACGGGAAGCCAUCAGCUCUCUCUUUGAUAAUUAUACCUGGGCAAAAUACACAGGCGACCCACAGAUCCUAGGUAAAUCUGCUGCCUGGAUCCAUCCCAAAGUCAGUGUCUUCAUCAUCAUCCUGCUUUUCUUCCUUGUGAAGUUCUUGAUGGCUGUCAUUGCUACCACGAUGCCAAUCCCCUGUGGAGGCUUCAUGCCCGUUUUUGUUCUAGGUGCUGCAUUUGGGCGUCUUAUUGGGGAAAUCAUGGCAUCAAUUUUUCCCAAUGGGAUCCUCUUUGAUGACAUUGUCUAUCAAAUCUUACCUGGAGGUUAUGCUGUCAUUGGUGCAGCAGCUAUGACAGGAGCAGUGAGCCACACUGUCUCCACUGCUGUGAUCUGCUUCGAGCUGACAGGUCAGAUCUCUCACAUCCUCCCCAUGAUGGUGGCUGUCAUUCUUGCCAACAUGGUGGCCCAGAGUCUGCAGCCCAGCCUCUAUGAUAGCAUCAUCCAGGUGAAGAAGUUGCCCUACCUGCCAGACCUGGGCUGGAAUCACAUAAGCAAAUACAAUAUCUUUGUUGAGGAUAUUAUGGUCCAAGAUGUGAAAUUCGUCUCCUCCAACUGUAAAUACCGAGACUUGCAAACUCUGCUCCAAAGCACAACUGUUAAGACUUUGCCUUUGGUAGACUCACCAGAGACCAUGAUCCUUCUGGGGUCUGUAGAGCGAACUGAACUGCAGGCUCUCCUCCAGAGACAUAUAAGCCCAGAACGGCGACGGCUCCUCCACAGAGAAAUGCAGCAGAAGCUGUCUGAGGCACCCUACGAUGGGCACAGCAAGGGACCGUGGGCAACCCUGCCAAAUGUGAAGCAUGAAUCUUUUGCUUAUGUUGAUGAGGAUGAGGAUACAGAUGAGAAGGGAGAGCUGCCUCGUCCCCCAAGUCCCACUUCCAGUUAUCCAGAGGAGCCCAAUGGCCCAACAAGUCCUCUUAAACAAAUGCCUGAAACUUUGGAACCACAGCAACUCCCAGGCAAUUUCAGGAGUUUGAGGCAACUGAUCCAGCAGCUCUUGUGCCAUUACAGCCGUCCACUUGAAACAGAGAGUGCCAUCCAGGAUCCAGUGGAAGUCGAAACAAUGAGGCCAGAAGAGAUAGAUGCUUGGGAACAGGAGGAGCUGAACAAGGAUGUCUGCUUUGACAGCUGCCGCAUAGACCCUUCCCCCUUCCAACUGGUAGAGAGAACUUCUCUGCACAAGACACACACAUUGUUCUCAUUACUGGGCCUCAGCCAUGCCUAUGUAACCAGUAUGGGGAAGCUGAGGGGAGUGUUGGCAUUGGAAGAGCUCCAGAAGGCAAUAGAGGGCUCCACACGCUCUGGGGUCCGUCUCCGCCCACCCCUUGCCAGCUUCCGUGACACAAACAGGACUUCAGUUGGUGGUGAGAAGGCCACUCAGGCCACUCAGGUGUGGAGCCGGAAGGACAGCUGCAUGGUGGCAGCACAGCAAGCAGCAGACUUGGGCACAGAGAGCCCCCUACCUCCCUGCUCCUACUCCCCCCAGCCCUCCCACCUGCAUGAAGAGGGGGAAGUUCUGCCCUCCACUGACGCCACUGAUACCGAGUUGGAAGAGAUGGAGCUGACAGGGCCAGUUGCUGAAAACAUCUCGGACAUCCUCAAGGACAUAAGCCUACGUUCCACUGACCUGGAUGAAGAUGAAGAUGAGGAUGUCCCCUUAUAGCUGAUGUAGUCUGCCACACUCUUCAGUUGAGCCAGUCCUCGUGUUUGCUCCUUAAAGAGAAGCUUUUGGAUGUUCUUUGCAAUCCCCACAGAGGACUGAUUAAGCUGGGAGAAGGGGCAUUGGAAUGACCCUUUCUUUGCUAUGUUCUGUGCAAAAUGUUAGGCUGCUGGACUACAUGGAUGGGUGCAGGAGUUAGAUGCAGACUGCGAGGUGGCUAAUGGCAGGCUCAGAAUGUUUAGGCUUCUAACACGUCUACUUAACGCAGCAGAAAGGGUUGUAAAUGAACAUGGAUACUGCUGGACACAGCCAGGAUGCUCUUGUCAGUCUGCCAGGUGGAAAGUGGAGGAGGGGCAGUUCUUCUCAUUCUCUCUUGGUGGCAUCCUUCCAGUCACACCUGGCAUGCAUGUGCCAGUGUAAACACAACCAGAUCGCCAGCCGAGAAGCAUAUUUCUGCUUCUGACUGCAAUCCUGUCCAUGUUGCUGCAGUUCCUUUUCACUGGCUCUUAUCUUGCUUCCCUCCCAGACAUUCCCAUGUAGAACAUUUCUCCUCUUUCUCAAUUUUUACUCUGGGAUUUUCGUGUGGGGAUGCAGUUAGGAGCUUCUAUUCUGUUCUUUAGCUGAGUCAUGUCCUAAAAACAGAUGGGAGGAAAAUAUCUGGUCUAUGUCUCAUAUAUUGAAUUCAGCCAGGGCUCUAAGAAAAGGACUGGAAGGGAGGAAAGCCUCUUUUAUUUCCUAUCAAUAGAAUAUAGUGGGAAAAUGAAAUAGAAUGGGAAAAUCUUAAGUGGGGGCAUCCUCAUUGUUAGAGGAAGGAGUAAACCACCAUGUAUGCACCUACAUUUCACAUACCCAUGUUUGUCUCUCUGAAUCACUAUUCAGAAUUUUUACAGAGUUAUAGUCUUAAAAUGUAAGAAUUCACUAAAAAACAAUAUAAAAUUAUUGUUAGCAGGCUGCCAAGAAACACAGCAGAGGGAAGCCGUUUUCUACACUUUGAAAACAUGCUUCUCUAUGAAAACUCCUGCUCUCUUUCCUGGUAAUUCUAACCUGCCUACUUUCUACAUAUUUCUGCAUACCUCAAAUCUGAGAAUUCCAGCUCUCACUUUUGCCAGCUUGUGUCUGUUGUGACUAAGAGCAGAGACCUAAACUCUUGUCAGAGCAUCCCUCUCUAUUCCAGUUCUAAACCUGAUCUUGACCUUAUCUUGCAAAACAAUGUCUUGUCGGUUUGUGUCAUGCAUGCAAAACCUCAGCAUCCAAAGGUAAGAUGCUGCUUUGUUCAACUCACUGUCCUUUUGAGGUUUUCUCAGUAAAUAGUCAAAAUCAAA